GACGCCAUCUCAUUCCCAGACUACCAUUGCUUCGCCUCGAACCAGACCGGAAACACUGUAUUUCUCACGCUGGCCAUCAUCCUCCCCAACUUGAACGGCGAGAUGUUCAUCGUCAAGAACAUAGGUGUCGCCCUGGGAUUCUUCCUUACUGGCGGCUGGCUCACUGGCCAACUCAGCCACAUAGUCGGCCCGCGGUGCCGGUUAUGGCUCAUAGCCUGCAACUUUCUCCAGUCAUGCCUCGUCUUCGCCGCCGCGGCGCUCCAGUACGUCUACGGCGUCCAACUAGAGGGGACGGUGCCGCUGGUGGCAAUCGCUCUGCUGGCGUUCGCGUCCGGCAGCCAGGUCGUCCAGUCGAGGUCGCUGUCCAUCACCGAGAUCAGCACGGCGAUGGCGACGGCGGCGUGGAUAGACCUCGUGAUAGAUCCCAACCUGCUCGCGCUCAAGAACCGGCCCCGGACCCGGCGCGCCGCUUUCUUGCUGACCCUCAUCCUCGGCUCGAUGGUCGGGGCGUUGAUCUACAAGACGGCCGGGUCCGCGACUGCCGUGGCUGUCUCCGGUGCCGGGAAGUUGCUCGUGACUAUCAUGUACUUCUUCAACAGCGCCGAGAGACGGAAGGUCGAAUCUGCCGAGGUCGCCCCGGAACGUUGGUUCCAUCCCGAAUUCAUGACUCGAAACAACCUCAGCACCCACCUUCCUUGGCUGUUGAGCAACAGAGCUCUCUCUAUACCCGUCGGUCCUUCUUUACCACCUGCUCGGGAUACCUUGGACAGCCCCCAGAUAACGGGGCCAAUUGCGUCCCAAAACGGCCGCGGCCACACGAACUCUCGCUCACGGCCGCUUCCACGUCCCUUUACUGACCGACCCCAGACGACCUCGAGCUUGACCUCGACAUCAACCUCGACAUCAACCUCGACAUCAACCUCGACCCAUGACGCUCCACGCAGGGAAGAGCGGGCACAGGACGAGUCAAACGUUGCAACGGGGGACGGGGCCAUGGGGAGACUUACAUCGAGCACCAAGUCUAAGAAGCCGUCCUUAGUGGUUAAACAACAGCAAGACCAACAACUUCUCACCCCGGCCUCAACAACUGGGAUCAGUCGCCUGCAACAGGCAUAUCAGGCCUCGUUUCCGCCAGACGGGCCACCGACGGUGACCAAUGCCAGGCGGAAAUCGCCUUCUACUCUCUCCCGAGCACAAAAGGCAUUGUCGCCGGUAUUGACACAGGAUGCCCCCGAUGCCGAAGAGGACGAUUUUUCCGACAUCGUGGACCUGACAGAACUCGACGAUGUCGAAUCUUCGAAUCCCAUGGAAGUCCUCGGGGACGAUGUACGACUUUGGAGAGAGGAUUUUGCCUCUCGGGCUGAGCCACUACCGAAAAGAGGCAAAAAGAGGAAAAGCGAGGAGGCCCACAACACGCCUGUUCCACCACCCAGAGCCCCGAGCAAGGACGACCAGUAUCCAGACAUCGAUGCUCUUGUGAAAUCCAUAAAAAAACGGCCCACCUCGAAAACAUCCCGCACACCACCCGUCAGGCUCCCUGCAUCCGAACAGUCAAGCGACAAUGGGACACCACCCCCUUCGAGGAGACGAAGGAGCUCCCGACGCGACGACGUUAUUUUAGAUUCCGAGGAUGAGACUGAGUUCAUCACGCCCCCGACUCAUAAUGUGAACGCGUCUUUGGCUCCGGAUCCUAUGGAUGUUGACGACGACGAUGCCGUGCUCGCCGCGGAGACGCCUACGAAGUCACCGCCGUCUCGGUUUAUUAAUCAACCAUCGCGAGGCGGCCACGCCCGCACGCCUCGUCUAGAUGCUCCAGUAAGCCCCAGGAGGAUCCCUACCGCGUCUCUAGAGGCUACCUACAAGUCACUAAACGAUGAGAAGGAAGCCCUGACUGAGGACCUCACCCGAGCCUAUCGAGACGGGUAUGAAAUCCCCAACGGCGAAGUUAGGCUUGAGGAGCUUGACGACAAGAUCCAGGCGCAGGAAAACGACUUGUUGAAGGGCCUAUUGGAAGCUGGAUUGGAAGACAUUGACUUCCUCAAAGACCCAAAUGACUCCAUAGCGGCCCCUAACUCACCUCCGCCUGUUGUUCUCUCCACACAGGCCCCCGCAAAGCUCGCUCCUCCGUCGCUGUCUCGAGAGAGCACCAUCAUCCCCGAGUACAACUCCCAGGUCAUACUCCAGACCCAAGUCCCGCAGAGGAGGUCGGGACCGAAUGCAGACAACCAAGCUUUCCAACCUGUCCGGGCCAUGCCACCACCCCCAACCCCCUUCCUCCAAGACUCGAGCGCCCACAGGAGACGCAUCGAUGGCACUAGUCGCACAAACUACACGAUGAACCAGUCCUUGGUAGAGGAAGACAGCAGAAGUUUUUUUGAUGACGACUCAUUCGAAGACUUUGAGAGUGCGGGCGCUCAUCCGAGCUUCUCAACCGCAUCAUGUCGAAGGAAGAGUCCCGGGAAAAUUCCCAGCAGGCCAGCGUAUGAUGACUACGAUGACUUUAGCGAGGGGGAGAUGAUUGCGGCAGCCGAGGACGUUGAGCUGCGCCGAACUUCUUCGGGCCCGCGAGUGGACGGGCGUGGGCCGCGUACUGCGCUGUCGGAGGCGUCCGGCAACGCGACGGCGCCACCUAAACCAAGGAGCAUGUCCAAGCAGGUAUCCUCAUACCAACCGAAGGCAUUCAUACCACCUGACCUGAUGAAACACCCCUGGUCACAAGACGUUCGGCGAGCGCUCAAGGACCGAUUCAGGAUGUCCGGGUUUCGGCACAACCAGCUCGAGGCAAUCAAUGCGACCCUCGCAGGCCACGACGCAUUUGUCCUGAUGCCAACCGGAGGCGGGAAGUCUCUAUGCUACCAGCUCCCGGCCGUGGUCAACACGGGCAAGACCCGGGGAAUCACGAUUGUCAUAUCUCCGCUUCUCAGUCUGAUGCAAGACCAGGUCGAUCACUUGAAAGCCCUCAACAUCACAGCCGGCCAGCUGAACGGGGGGUUGGACAAGGAAGCCCGCAGCCACCUCAUGUCGUCGUUCGACGCGGCUGUACCGGAAAACUACCUUCAACUGCUCUACGUGACCCCUGAAAUGGUCAUCAAGAGUCAGGCUUUCACCAACGGCCUCCUGAAACUUCAUCGGAGGGGAAAGCUAGCCCGAAUCGUAAUAGACGAGGCGCACUGCGUCAGCCAAUGGGGCCAUGACUUCAGGCCGGAUUACAAAGCCCUGGGUACGGUUCGACGCAAGUUUCCCGGCGUUCCGGUAAUGGCCCUGACGGCCACGGCCACGGAGAACGUCAUCGUCGACGUCAAGCAUAAUCUGGGCAUGGACAGGUGCCAGGUCUUUUCCCAGAGCUUCAAUCGACCCAACCUGUACUACGAAGUCCGAAGCAAGGAGCCGAACCUCAUCGACGGCAUCGCCCAGCUGAUUCAGGACAAUUAUGAGGGACUGACGGGAAUCGUGUACACCCUGUCUCGGAAUUCGACCGAGACGAUCGCGAAGAAGCUCCGCGGCCAUGGUAUCAAGGCCCACCAUUACCAUGCCCAGAUUGAGCCGCAGGAGAAGGUCCGGAUUCAGAAAGACUGGCAGCAGGGGAAGAUCAAGGUAGUAGUGGCCACGAUCGCAUUCGGGAUGGGCAUUGACAAGCCCGAUGUCCGGUUCGUGAUCCACCAGCAGAUACCGAAGAGUCUCGAGGGCUAUUACCAGGAGACGGGGCGCGCAGGGAGAGACGGUAAGCCGUCCGACUGCUAUCUAUACUUCGCAUACGGCGACAUCGCGACCCUGAAGAGGAUGAUCCAAGAUGGCGACGGGAGUCAUCAGCAAAAGGAGAGGCAGAUCAACAUGCUUAACAGGAUGGUCUCGUACUGCGAAAACCAACACGCCUGCCGCCGGGUCGAGAUCCUGCGUUACUUUGGAGAUAAGUUUGACCAGGCAAUGUGCAACAAUGGCUGUGACAACUGCAGGACCGGAAGGAUCAACGGGACUUAUGAGGUCCAGGAUUUCUCCCAAUAUGCCGUGGCUGUCCUUGAAACAAUUCAACAGAGGGGAGCCCUCACACUCGCUCAGUGUGUCGAGAUCCUGAUGGGGAGGAAAGCAAGGGAGAACAGCGAUCUGGAGCACUUUGGUAUGGCAAAGUCGAUGAAGCCUCACGAGGUCCAACGAAUCAUCUAUACUCUAGCUGCCGAGGGAGCGCUCUAUGAGGAUAACAGGAUGAACAAGAAGUUUGGCAUUGCAGUCACCUAUUAUGUCCUCGGUCGCUUGGCCGAUACCUUCCUUAAUGGGAGGCGGAAACUGGAGAUAAUUAUCCAGACUGCCGAUGCACCCCGCGCAGCAGCCCGCCCGAAGAAGCAACAGCAGCCCAAGAAGCAGGCCAAGGAGAACACCUCAGCGGCCGCCGCCAUGCUACCACUACCGCCGCCACCUUCGACCAACGUCUCGUCUCCUGUGAGUGGAAGGGCAAAGAGGCGAAAGGCUCAAAACAUGGUUCUCGACGCCGACGACGAGGAGUCCGAAGAAGAGCCCAGCGGCCCGCUGCACGCCAACGGGUACGAGGACGAUGGAUUCGUCGUCGCGGACGAGGAUGCGUCGGAUGACGGGUUCGAGCCGGUGAAGGCUCAUCACGUCCUCCCGCGCCGCCGGCAACGGACUCUCGAGGAACAACUGGGACCACAGAUCUCGAGGGACGCGCGCAUGGACGAGGCCACCAUCAACGAUAUACACCGGGACACCAUCGCGGCAUUUGUCGAGGAGGCGAUGAAGAAGGAGGAGACGAUCCGCAACAAGGCCACGCUGCGGAGGAACCUCUUCACCGAGCAGCAGUACCGGGAAAUGGCCAUCAGGUGGACGAAUACGCUCGACAAGAUGCGGCGCAUCCCCGGCAUCGACAGGGACAACGUCGACAAGCACGGCGCCAAGUUCACGCCCCUCGUCGAGACGUACCACGGGCGGUACCUGGAGUUCAUGGGCGAGCGCCCGUCCGCGCCCCCGACGACCGCGCCGUCCCAGGCCCGGAAACCGCGCACCGGCAGGAUAGUGUCCGGGAACCAUGACUGCAUCGACCUCAUAAGCGAGGACGGGGACGAAGACGACGAAGACGAAGACGACGACGAAGAACACGAUGACGACCCGUACGGCAUGAACGACGCCCACGAUAACGACGAUGACGAAGAAGAAGAGGAGGAGGAGGAAGAAGACGGCGAGGGCGAGGCGUCCAAGUACUUCGUCGACGUCAGCGACUCGGAGCAGGCCAGGAUCCGGCAGUUCCAGGCGAGAAUCGGGGUCAUUAACUCGCAGGCCCAGGUCACCUCCGGCUCCGGCGCCGGCGGCAGGGCCAGGGGGGGCGGCGGCAGGAGGUCGUCCCAGGGGCGCAGGGCCUCGGGCGGGAGGGGCGGUGGCGGCGGCGCUAGGGCUCGAUCCUUCUCCGGGGGAGGCGUCACCAAGCGGAAGGCCUCGGGAGGUGGAGGAGGAGCAGGAGGGAGGAGGACCGGAACCGGAACCGGGGCCGGGGCCGGUGGGGCGGGACGGGGGAGGGCGCUGGCGAACCGUGGGGCGAAGAGGUCGGGCGGUAGUAGCGGCGGUGGGAGCGGGAUAGGGCUUAUGCCUGUGUGAGGAAGGGGGAGAAUAUUCAUUGGCGUCUUGACACUUUAUUGUUGUCGAUGCAUUAGCAUGCGGGCAUGGGCGAUGCAACGGAGAGCCUGCUACGUUCCAUUGUUCCCCAUUAGCAUUUACACGUCGUGGGCAUGAUAGGGGGUCGGUGGGUUCCCUCCCUGUCUGAGGGCCAAUUGGGGCUUUCACCAAUCUUGCUAGUAAAUAUCAUCAGCGCUUUGCUUGGGGCAAAUUCGUUUUACAAUCUGCUUCUCGUCUUGUCCGCUAUGUACUGUACGUACGGGGAGGCAUAUAUGACAUGGCCUAUUUAUUGCUAAGAGCGCGACACCAACGCCAGUCACUGGGUGUCCAUGUUGUUUAAUAUGGUGAAAUGUCUAUUCCCCUAAGGACUCAACCCUGCUAGAGAGAUGUGCUCUACCC